CCUUUUUUUUUUUUUUUUUUUGUUGGCACACUUUUCUUCUUUUCUCUCGCGGCCUCUCUCUGGUUGCGUUCAUCAUCCCUGUUUGGUGCGGUGGAGUUUUUGGUCUUUUCGCUCUUCCAAUCACACGGUCCCUCUCCCUCCACGUCACCUUCGUCUUCUUCGUACCCUUCCCACCUUCCUUUCGGUCUCACUAUAUAACAAUUUUUUCAUUCCCUUAGGGUUUCCAAAAUACAUUCUCCAAUAUCGCACUGCGCAACCCAACCAUGCCUUCUUCCACUCAUCAAUUUCUCCUUCCACGUAUCUUCUCUCGCGAUUCAGGGUUUUGAUUGAGAUUUGUUCGUUUGGGGUUCGAGUUUUUGAAAUUGGGUCCCCGAGCGCGUUUUUCGGCGGCAGCUUGGUGGUAUGUUUCAUGGCAAUUGAGAAGAACAGCUUCAAGGUGUCUAGGCUUGAUUCCGAGUGUUCUCCUCGAAGUAGGAAAAGUAUGUCUAGUGACGAAGAGGUGAUUCGGCGGCGUAACUCUGCCGCGGAAUCGGACGAUGAUGACGAGUUUGAUGAUGCUGAUUCUGGGGCCGGGUCUGAUGAUUUUGAUUUGCUUGAAUUGGGGGAGACUGGGGCGGAGUUUUGUCAGAUUGGGAACCAGACUUGCAGCAUUCCGUUGGAACUUUAUGAUCUCUCAGGCCUUGAAGAUGUGCUGUCGGUGGAUGUGUGGAAUGAAUGCUUGAGUGAGGAGGAGAGGUUUGAACUCGCUAAGUAUCUGCCUGACAUGGACCAAGAGACUUUUGUUCAAACCUUGAAAGAGCUUUUCAGUGGUUGUAACAUGCACUUUGGGAGUCCCGUUAAGAAGUUGUUUGAUAUGUUGAAGGGUGGCUUGUGUGAGCCGAGAGUUGCUCUUUACAGGGAGGGCUUGAGUUUUUUUCAAAAGCGACAGCACUAUCAUCUGUUGAGGAAGCAUCAGAACAACAUGGUUAGCAAUCUUUGUCAGAUAAGGGAUGCUUGGCUUAACUGUAGGGGAUACAGUAUUGAAGAAAGGCUUCGUGUCCUGAACAUUAUGAGAAGUCAAAAGAGUUUGAUGUACGAGGAAGAUUUGGAAGUUGAUUCUUCAGAUGAAGAGUCUGGUGAAGGUGUAUGGAGCAGGAAGAACAAGGACAAGAAAAUUGUGCAGAGAAUGGGUCGCUAUCCGGUCCAUGGGGUGGGUUCUGGUUUAGAUAUCCAUCCACGAGGGCGGUUAAUGGUUAUGGACCAAGAGAAGAAUGGGAAACAAAACCCUAAAGGCAUACUCAAGUUGGCUGGUUCAAAGCCACCUUCAGUAAAAGAUCCAACUGGUCGCUCAUCUUCUGUCUACCAUGCUUUGAAUGUGAAUGCUGGGCUAAAUGGUUCAACUUCUGCCCAUUCUCAACAGAAUAAGUCAGUGGGAUAUGAUUCAGGGUCAAUCCUCAGGGUGAGGGAUCAGCUGUGGAAUGGUGACAAUGAUGAGGAAAUGUCAUAUGGACUGCCUGUCCAUCAAGAUCGCAAUUUAUCACGUAGCAACCUGAUGGACAAAACUAGUUAUCUGAAAAUGGGAAAGAGGCGUGACCUUCUGAGAGGUGAUGAGAUAGAUACUGACAAUUUGAUGAGUCUGUCUCUGUCUUCAAAGACUGAUCUACAUGGAUACCCUAGAAAUUCAAACCAAUCUUCUGAUAUGAAAAAUUUCAGGGCAAAGCCAUCUUCAAAGAAAGGUUCAUACGAAUUUUCUAGAAAUGUUAAGUAUCCAGAAAAUGUUCAACAAUUUGUUGGUAGUGAUCAGGUAAAGUCUAGAAUGAGGAGUUCACAGUUAUCGCUUAAAGGCAAUAUGGCUGACUCAGCAGAUUAUGAUGAACUUUUCUAUAGUAAUGAGACACUGGGGCAGGAAUUUGGCAUGGAUUCUUCAUUUAAAUAUGAUGAUUGGUAUCGUAAGGGAAAAAAAUGGAAGGUGGGGAGAGAGUCUCCUGAUGUCAGUUACACUGCUUAUAGAUCUUCCUCGCCGCAGGUGAGUGAUAGACUCCUAUCCUCUGACUUCAGAGCAAAAUCAUUGCAGGAGAGGCUCAGAGGGACUACUAAGCAGAGUGGAGGAAAAGAUGCAAUGCCUUUCAGGGGUAACCAGAUUAUUUUAAGAAAUGAGGAAACCGAAUCAGAUUCAUCAGAACAGUUGGGUGAUGAUGAGGAUAACAAUCCUUUAUUAAACAGCAAAUAUGCUUACUUGAUGGGUACUGCUGCUGGUUCUCGCCCGAAAUCAUUUAAGUCUAACCUAGAUCCCAAGAAGGCUAAAUUUGUUACUGAUUUGAAGCCACAUGCAAUAACACAAUCCAAAAAGAAGGGUGGCUAUGCAGAGCGGGCUCAUAUGCAUGGUGUAGAAAAUUCAUUCUUAAAAGCAAAGCAGAAGGGUGAAAUGCUCAAUGGUGGUCCUUUUCAUAAACAGGCUGGUAGAUUUAUUGAGGAGUAUCCCUCAGGAUCAGAUAUGCUUGAUGAUGGUGAUGAUGAAUGGAGACAUGUAUACAAAACUGGCAAGAAUGGCCGAAUACGAGGGGAAACUAAUGACAGAUUAGACAUGCCCUUAUUAAGUGCAUACACUGCUGAGAGAAAGAAGAAAGGGAGAACUGACCUUGAUCAUUCCAUUCACAGGUCUAAAUAUUUGCAUGAUUAUGUUGGCGAUGAGGAUGACUCAUUUGAAAGACAGUUGGUUGUGGAUAAUAAUGAAGUUGGACAGAGAAGUUAUGGGAAGAAAGCACAAAAAUAUGCUGCAAAUAGGGGUGAUCAAAGUCAGAGAUCUGAGGCACCAUUGCUUGGUUGCACCUCGGCGACGAAGAAGCGAAAAAUGAAGGAUGAUGCAGUAGAUAUUGGUGGAAGAGAUGAAUUUGGCAAUCUUUUGUCAAACACACCAGCAAAUGAUUUGACUUAUUUGAAAAGGAAGUCCAAGAAAAAAAUAGAGGCCGAUAUGGUUAGUUCAGAAAUGGAUAAUUCUGAAUUGCGUCUUAAUGAUAUGGGGACAGCUGAUGUUGAACUGGAAACCAAGCCACAGAAAAAGACAUUCACUUUGAUCACGCCAACAGUUCAUACUGGAUUUUCCUUUUCUAUUAUACAUCUUCUUUCAGCAGUCCGCAUGGCAAUGAUUAGUCCACAUGCUGAAGAUAGUUUAGAAAUGGGGAAACCCAGAGUAGAGCCGAAAGCACAGGAGGCCAGUGCGAAUGGUGAUAUUUCUAACAAUAAGAUGGAUGCUAAUUGUGAGUCUGCUGACCAUCUGAAUAUGCUGUCUCUUACUGUUCAAGAGAUUGUUAACCGUGUGAGAUCAAAUCCUGGUGAUCCUUGCAUUCUUGAGACACAAGAGCCACUGCAAGAUUUGGUCAGAGGUGUUCUGAAGAUAUUUUCUUCCAAAACAGCGCCCUUGGGAGCUAAGGGUUGGAAGGUACUAGCAGUUUAUGAAAAAACUAACAGAAGUUGGUCAUGGACUGGCCCAGUUAUUCAUAAUUCACCUGACCAUGAUACCAUUGAGGAGGUGACAUCUCCUGAAGCAUGGGGUCUUCCUCAUAAGAUGCUUGUGAAGUUGGUUGAUUCCUUUGCCAAUUGGUUGAAAUGUGGUCAGGAAACUCUUCAACAAAUAGGAAGUCUUCCUGCUCCACCUUUGGCAUUGAUGCAAGUCAACCUUGAUGAGAAGGAAAGGUUUAGGGAUCUGAGGGCUCAAAAGAGUCUUAACACCAUAAGCGCUAGUUCAGAAGAAGUGAGGGCUUAUUUUCGUAAGGAGGAAGUUCUCAGGUACUCAAUUCCUGACAGAGCAUUCUCAUAUACUGCAGCUGAUGGUAAAAAAUCUAUUGUGGCCCCUUUGAGAAGAUGUGGUGGUAAGCCAACAUCAAAAGCCCGAGACCAUUUUAUGUUGAAACGUGAUCGGCCACCUCAUGUUACAAUUCUUUGUCUUGUAAGAGAUGCAGCAGCUAGAUUACCUGGAAGUAUUGGCACUAGAGCAGAUGUUUGUACAUUAAUUCGAGAUUCUCAAUAUAUUGUUGAAGAUGUUUCUGAUGCCCAAAUUAACCAAGUAGUCAGUGGAGCCCUGGAUAGAUUGCAUUAUGAACGUGAUCCUUGUGUACAGUUUGACGGGGAAAGGAAACUGUGGGUUUACUUGCAUAGAGAAAGAGAAGAAGAAGAUUUUGAGGAUGAUGGCACUUCAUCCACAAAGAAAUGGAAGAGGCAGAAAAAGGAUGCUGCAGAUCAAUCUGAUCAGGGAGCUGUAACUGUUGCUGGUCUUGGGACUGGGGAGCAAAGCGGAUAUGAUUUGUGCUCAGAUCUCAAUGUGGAUCCACCACCAUGCAUGGAGGAUGAUAAGGGAGUGGAACUCUUGUCUACUGAUACAAGGCUAAAUGCAGAUGCCCAUGUUGAUGUCAAUGUUGCUUCUGAAGAAGGCAAUGUUUGUGAAGGUAAUUCAAUGGCUUGGGAGGCUCUUGAUUUAAAUCCCAGCCGUGAGUUAUGCCAAGAAAAUUCGACAAACGAAGAUUUUGAUGAUGAAUCCUUUGGGAGAGAAAGGCCUGUUGGACUAUUAAGUGCUGCAAGCUUGUCGUGAAGAAUUCUACAGGGUUUUGGUCCAUUGGCAAUCGAGUUCGGUCAUCCUAGUUGUAGCUGUGCUUGUAUAUAAAUGCGAGCACAGUAUCUUUGUAUAUUGAUUUGAUCGCAAAGAAUAGAAUAGAAUGUGAUCUUUAUUGAAGAUCGUAGAAUUUGGUUAGGUUAGCUGGAUGUUUUAACGGCUUUACACCCGAUAAAUAAUACCUUUUGGGUCAAAAUUUCUAAUGAUCUGAAGUUAGCUUCUUGCGUGAUGGAUUAAGGAGCGCAAUUUGGCGUUCUUGUAUUGCAUUACAAAAUUCUUAUUUUAUCUGUAGAUAUGACUCAAUUAAGCAUGAUGUCAGAACAUUCAAUAAGUAUGUUACCAAAAUGAACACGUGAAAAUUAUUAAUUACAACUCAGACGGAAUCCAGAAGACGUUGUUGAUCACUGCUUGAUUCAUAUCUUUAUGCUUGCUUGAAUAAUCCAGUCUUGAGAGCGUUAUUUGACAAAUGUCACCAGAGCUAGACAUGUAAUUUAACACUAGUGAUUUGGAAUGA